AUGUCUGCAGCCCUCCACUCGUCGAGACGCAAGUCUCGUAAGGCGCACUUCAGUGCGCCUUCGAGCGUCCGCCGCACCGUCAUGAGCGCCCCUCUCAGUAAGGAGCUUCGUGAGAAGUAUAACGUCCGGAGCAUGCCCGUUCGCAAGGAUGACGAGGUCACCAUCGUCCGCGGCCUGAACAAGGACAAGGAGGGCAAGGUCACCUCGGUGUACCGCCUCAAGUAUGUCAUCCACAUCGAGCGCGUCACCCGCGAGAAGGCCUCCGGUCAGAGCGUGCCCCUCGGCAUCCACCCCAGCAACGUGGUCAUCACCAAGCUCAAGCUCGACAAGGACCGCGAGUCCAUCCUUGAGCGCUCCCGCCUCGGCCGCGAGCAGGUCGCCAAGGCCAAGGGCAAGGCGAAAGCUUAA